ACACAUAUUGCGAGAAAACUCCCGGAAAACUUCUCGCAGAGUCAGAGAGUAGUGUUGCUCUUUCUCGCGGAAACAUUGAUUUACCAGAAGAAGGCGAUUAUUUCACCAUCAAUCCAAUCCAAAACGACUUCUUCCUUUCAAAUCCAAUGCUAACAUGACCUAAACCUCCCAAACCCCAACUCCCUUAGACCCCCAAAACUCAAAAACUUUUUAUUUUUUAUUUUUUUCUCUGUCAUUUUAUCAAGCACUUGCACUGUAAUCGAAUAUAAGUCUCAAAACAAUGCUUCGAAGGUCCCUUUUGGAGCUAUCGAGUCGUCGUCAAUCCAUAAGGAGGAUUCCGAGGAAGAUUACUACUCAGCAUGUGCCCCUAUUCCUUUCUUCGAGGAAGGAAUUCUCGACCUCUUUCCAGAAAAAUGCAUCCCCAAACGGUGGUCCAAAUGAUAAAUCAGAGAGGAGAGGAUCUCUUUUAGUGAAAAGCUUAGGUGCAGUUCUUGUUGUCGGGACAUGUUAUUAUGCAGGUUGGUUAGACCCAAUUAUUGAAUUAAUUGAUAAAAAGAAGCAGAGUUAUGUUAACUCGGGUGGGGAUGGCAUCGAUCAUAAAGAUGUCAAAGUAGAGGAAGUGGUGUCACCCAUGAGUGAAGAGGCUAAUAAAUUAAGCCAUUUUAUAGAGGAGGCUGCGCAAAAGGUUAAAAGGGAGUCAGAUCUUACUAGUGUUGAAACCAAGGAGGAGAAGGUUGAAAUUCAUGCUGACGUUCCUCAUUUUGAAACUAAGCAUAAGGUUGAGACUCCUACAGAUCUUCCUCAUGUUGAAGCUGAUCAGAAGUUUGAAACUCAAACAGAUCAACCUCAUCAUGAAACUUUAAGUGAAACAGAAAGUGAUAAUCAGUCUCAGGUACACCACGGGGCAAUCUCUGUUGAAGAGAGACAUGAACCAGAAUUUUCGCAACAUACAGGUUCUGAAGGCAGUCUUGGCAUGGAGAUCCCAGGUUUGAAAACUACUAAAGAGCCAAAUGAGGGAAUCCAAGUUACACAAGUACAACCUCAGGCCACGGGGGUUCCUGUAGAGAGUGAAAUAAAAACAGUACCAACUCAGAAUGUCACUACUGAAAACAGAUCAGAGGCUGCCUUCAGUGAACAUUCAGGAAUAUCAAGUCUUCUUGGUUCAUACCAUCUCGAUGAUAACGCUGAAAAGAACAUCACAACAGAGGGCCUUGGAGAACAGGCUAUUGUUAGUGCCAUAGAAGAACUGAAUGAUGGUUACAUAACAAAAGAUGGAAAGUUAGUUUUGGAUUUUCUUGAAGCAAUUCAUGCAGCUGAAAAGAGGCAAGCUGAAUUGGAUGCCCUUACGUUUUCUGAAGAAAAAAGAGCGCUGAAGGAGAAGUAUGAAAAAGAAUUGAGAGAUUCAAGGGCAAGGGAACUUAUGUGUGCUGAAGAGGCAGCAAUGUUGGAUAAGGAAAUAAAGAGAGAGAUAGCCAAAGCUGCAGCUGCAAUCAAGAUGCUUCAAGAAAGGAUGGAAGAGAAACUUAGGGUGGAGCUUGAACAGAAGGAAAAUGAAUCAGAAAUGAAGCUGCAAAGGUUUCAGGAGUUAGCAAAAGCAGAAUUGUCCGGUGCAAUUGCAAGUGAGAAGGCAGCACAUAUUGAAAAGAUAGCUGAAGCAGAUCUCAAUAUUAAUGCCUUGUGCAUGGCAUUCUAUGCAAGAUCUGAAGAGUCUCGUCAGAUUCACUCUGUUCACAAGCUUGCUCUGGGAGCUCUUGCAUUGGAAGAUGCACUUUCCAAAGGACUGCCAAUUCAGCAAGAGUUAGAUGCUUUACACGCCUAUCUUGAAGGCAUUGAUAAAGACUCACUUUUACAUUUGGUUCUAUCAACUCUUCCUGAAGAAACAAGGCACCAUGGUACCGAUACUUUAUUGGAAUUGAAUCAGAAGUUUAAUGUCAUGAAAGGGAAUCUACGACAUUACAUUUUGAUCCCACCAGGUGGUGACGGCAUCUUGGCUCAUGCUUUGGCACAUGUUGCAUCCUGGUUGAGGUUUAAAGAAGUCGAUCCCUCUGGUGAUGGUAUUGAAUCUAUUAUUAGCAGAGUUGAGGGUUUCCUUGCUGAGGGAAAGCUCGCUGAAGCAGCAGAUGUUCUCCAAAAAGGUGUCGAAGGCAGCCAGGCAGAAGAGAUAGCUGGUGAUUGGGUGAGGAGAGCAAGGAAUAGAGCUAUCGCAGAGCAAGCUCUAACUGUACUUCAGUCGCAUGCCACUUGCGUCGGCCUUACUCAAUGAUGCUACUAUCAUCGAUUUAGCAUCUAGCUUGCAAUAUUUUUGCCUUUUCUAAACUUUACGCACAAAAGGAGAGCAAGAAUUACUGCCCUAUUGAGCAGCUUGAACUUACAAGAGCUUCACAAGGGUUGUGAAACCCAAAACAGUGUAGAUUGAACAUACCCCCGAUGAAUAAAAUUUUGUUUCUUUC